GUGUGUGUGUGUGUGUGUGUGUGUGUGUGUGUGUGUGUGUGUGUGUGUGUGUGUGUGUGUGUGUCAGCCUUAGAGGAAGAGUCAAUUUUUCUGUUGCAAGUUGUCACUCGCUUUCAAAACGGCACAGCGUGUUUUGUCUUGUUCUCUAAAUAUUUAAGCCAACCAUUAGGCUUUUCAUUAUAAUUAAUGUGACUACUUUCACUAUCACAUCCUAAUUUUUUUUUUAAAAAAAGUAUACAAUUUAAUAACAGCUUUAAGAUUUUGUUCAUUUACAAAAGGUUUUCCUGAACUAUGUCACAUAAUAGUUUGAAGGGAGUGUACGCUGGUAGUUUACAGAGGCAUUUCUGAAAUGCAGGUACGCACUCAAUGUAAACAAAGCCCUUUCAUCGGGCCUAUCCGACAAAUCUGGGCRUAAACAUGUACUAAUCUGUCAGAAUUGUUUGCCUUUUCCUCUCCGAAGGACGCUUCUGUGAAUGCAUUUCUGACCCAUUUUGCAGUCACUUUUUCAACUGUUAUCCAGUAAUUACCAUUUUCCUUACAGAAAAUUCACUGUAAAACUAACAGUGGUAAUAACUGCUGCUGUUACCUAGUAGAUAGAGGGGAAAAAAAGAGAUGAAAACAGCUGAAGUUUUAAAAUGAGCACUAUGGUACUGAGGAAACACAUGACCAAAAAAUAAAUAUGUUAUUUUAUACAUAUUCUGACUCGCAGCAGCAUAAUGUUUUCUUAAAAUGCAUUGUAUUUACUGUAAGRUUAUGAUGACAGCUURUACACUGUAGUUCUGUUGUGAAUAYAGUAAUUUAGCUGUGAAAACUAACUUACAGGACACUGAUUUAACAGUAAAGAACUGUUAACUCCAAAAAUGAUUUACAGUGUAUAAACAAAGUGGUAAUUGGCUGCUGGUCACAAAUUUUUUGCUUAAAAAUGUUGAAUUUAGGGUCACAAUAACCACUGGUGUGAGACUUUUGUGCAGACUUUGUUUCUUAUUUUUUAAUGAAURCCUUUCAAAACAGGCUUAUAUUAAAAAAUAUUAUAAUGUGAAGAGAUUCAAACAAGCUUUUAUGUUUGAGUUUCAAAAAAGGAAAAAUGAAAGAGAGUUUUAUGUUUCUAAAUUUUGGGAGAAUUAAUGUUCUUAAUUUCAAAGGAACACCUAGAAGUUGUCAUCCGUCAGAAGAAUUGGCACAAUUUUUUUUAUUUAUUAAUUUUUUUGGAGGUUUACCAUGAAUCCUUCAGUAUAUGUUCUCUGCUGAAGCUUGCAGUGGUUAUAAUAACAUUAACCACAUAUUAUUUUUAUUCACUAGCUAGUAAUAGACCUUCAUACACCCCCAAAAUUAAAGUCGUUACUGCAGAACGUUAUAUUAUUAUUACCAGUCCCACAAUUGUUGGUGAAAAAAAAUUCAUAUGGGCAGACCAACCAAAUAUAAACUUUUGUUAAAAGAAAAGAAACAUUUUGCUUCCUCGCGAAACUCAAUGAGCUUUUGUUGGAGCAGAAGUUGGUGAUAAUGCUUGGCUAACUCUCAAAUAAGGAAUGAGGAAGUAAGGAACCGAGUGACAAAUGGAAUUCUGGGUACUUGUCCUAUUUAUGAUCAACRCAGGUUCGGAUUAUUCCAACCUUCUAGCCAAUAAUUGAUUUAUUUAUUUUAUUUUUUUCUUGGUGGGGGUUGAUUGGAACCCAUAUGAGUCAGAGAAACAUACUUUUGAGACCAGCACGUUAACAUUAACUGCCUUCAGGACUGACUCAUCGUUCUCUGUCAUUUUCAGAUGUAAGCACAGUAACCUGUUUCACAACGUGUUGCACGUUCAGAAACUAAACCUUAUGAUUGCUCCUCUCUGUAGCCGUGCACCCUCAGUUUGUCUGAAGCCAUGGAUGCAAGCUGGAAAAACUGCUUCGAAGAGGAGCUCCUCUGCCCCAUCUGUCUGAAUGUCUUCGACGAGCCGAUCCAGCUGCCGUGCAAGCACAACUUCUGCAGAGGCUGCAUCUCUGAGGCCUGGGCCAAAGAGACGGCGGCGGUCCGCUGCCCCGAGUGCAACCACGACUACAACCCGAAACCCGCGCUGGAGAAGAACUUCAAGCUCGCCAGCAUCGUGAAGCGCUUCAACGCGUUGAACGUGGAGAAAGUCCCCGCCGCGCUGCACUGUGUGCUCUGCAGACGGGGCCCCCCGCUGCCCGUGAGGAAAGUGUGUCUGCGCUGCAAGGAGCCCUGCUGCCAGACCCACGUCCAGACCCAUCUCCAGCAGCCGUGCGCCGCGCCGGGACACCUGCUGGUCGACAUCGAGGAGCUGAGCGCCUGGACCUGUCCCAGCCACGAGGAGUACAGGCUGCUGCACUGCGAGGAGGAGCAGGUGGCUCUGUGUGCGUUCUGCUGCAUCUCCCACUGCACCAACCAGAGACACACAGUGUGUGCCGUGGACCAGCAGCGAGUUCAAGUGCAGGCCGUGCUAAUGAGUCAGCAGGACAAACUGGAUCGUCGGGUUCAAAACAUUGAUGGGCAGCUCAGCAAGCUGGAGUCAGACAAGACCCUUAUGAAGGAGACCGUAUCCGAGCUGAAGGAGCGAGUCCGGGCGCAGUACCAGAAGAUGCACGCGCUGCUCGAGGCAAACCAAGCAGARGCCAUGCAGAUGUUGGAGAGCACGUUCAUCAAGUGCGUGAGGAAGAACUCCCAGCAGGUUCUGAUGCUCAACGAGAAACGGCAGGAGGCAGAAAAACUCCUGAGCUCGGUGCACACGUGCCUCCAGAGAGCGGAGAGUAUAAACUUCAUGAAGAACACGAAACCUUACCAGCUGCUAAUGGACAGGUCAAACUCACACCUAAGUGGUGCCAUCCCCCCGGUUAGGGUGGGCCAGCUCAACUCUCAGCAUUUCCUCGCCGACCUUUUAACGAGGGAGAAGAAUUUGCGAAAAAUGCUUGAAGAACCGUUCAAUGAGGCGUCUGUUCUUGAGAUAGUCCAGCCUCACAGCGGCUCUGCUGACUCCCAGCUGGGCGCAGGUUCGGGACUACAGAAGAGGAAAUACAGCGUGGCUUUCCUGGAGAGCAACACAGAAAACUCCAACUCCCAGGAUCCUUUGCUCUACAGCAGUAAAAAGACCUUCAUGACAGAUCAAACUCACCACGCGUCCUCCGUGUACUCCUCAGACGUCCUCCCCCAGAACCCUCACGCCUCCAGUCGCCUCUUGGACCCGGCAGCCCAUCACAUGGUGGGUCUGGGGUCUAGCUCAAGCCGCCACUCAGGAAACCUCUUCCCCUCCUCUCACUUUCCCGGCGGAGGUCCGUCGCAACAAGCCAUGUACGAAGGCAGGAAAGUACUGAUGUGCACUCUGAAUAACUGCUGCUGCUCCAGAGCCAACGCGGCUCGCGCCCAGCCUCCGUACCCGCCGUCGGACUCCUUCCCCUCUAUGACCUCUCAGGAGUUCCCCCCACACGGCCCGCUUCCUGCGACUCAACCGCUGCAGCAUUUCCCUAUGAGGGGGCUGAUGGAUGUGUCGCAGACCGCCCGGCACGCCGACUUCUACGGCCUGUACGGCCAAUCCUCCACCAAGCAUUACGGGACCAAGUAACCAAUCAGAAUCAGUGUUCUGUUACAGCGUCAUAACUGGUAUUAUUGUUCUCAUGCAAGCCUUUAUUUUUAUUUUAUUUCCUUUCUCUCACAAUCCGUUCUGAGUUAUUUUGUCUGUCGACAGCACUUGUAAGAACCGUUUUAAGCCCCCCGAUCACAAAAACACUAGUAAUGCUCAAAACAUGCUGUAACUUACUCUUCAUUUUAUUUAUUUUUUUCAUUUCAGUUACACUUGAAGUGCUAAUGAAACGUUUUAGUCUUAAAUCCAUUCAAGUCCUGACUAAAGAAGUGACGUAUCCRCCGUCUGGGAUCUUUGUGCCUGAAAAAAACAAAACAAAAACAAAACAAAAACAGACUGUUAAACACACUUACUGUACUUGCAAUUUCUUAGCUCUCGGGUUAUUCGCUGUUUGCGGCUGAAAUCACGCAGGGAGCCUCCCCAUGCGGUCGGAAGGCCACGCAGCUUUAGGAAAAACCCUUUGACUCCAAAUGCUUGGCAGUUUUUUCAUGUAUUUUUUAUAGAAAAAAAAUAUGAAUAUACCAAAAGAUGUUGAAUAAAUAAGGAUAUUAAAAAA